AUGGAGGACGCUGCGAACCUCGCGCCGGCUCAGCCAGGAGCCGAGGCCAAUCUCCUCUCGCGUCUAACUGCAAUGGAUGACUACGAGUUCGAUAAUUACGCAGACUCUGAGCUGCUCAAGCUCAAGGAAGAGCUUAUCAUCAAAAAUGACAUGAUGGAGAACGAAAACAAGCUAUUUGAGUCGUACUGGAACCGAGUUAAUCCCGGCAACGGCGGCCCAGGCGCGACAGGGACCGUUGACGAGGAACUCCAGGAUGCUGGUGGAGGGAUGCAGCAGCAGCAGAUGCGCCAAAAGAAGAAAAAGGGCGAGAAGCAGAAAGAAAUCGAAAAGCGGCUCUUGCUGACGCCCGAGCAAAAGUCGGAGAUCGCCACACGAGAGCUGGAGGAGCUCCGAGAUGAGAUCGAGAAGCAGAAGGAGGAGUGGGCCAAGGUGCUGGACAGCUACAAGGCCGAGAUGGAGGAGGUCGAAAUUCGCAUUGGCGACACCAAGAAAGCCCUCUAUGAAUACAAACGUGAUAUCGUCGGGCAGGCAGUCAAUUCCCGGACAGGCAAAGUUAUGGCCGAGCGGGUGCUGCGAUACUACGAGGACAAAAUCCGAGCAAAGGAUGCAAUCAUUGAGAAGGUGCGCCUCAAGAAUGCAACGCUCAAGGUUCAGAAAAACAAGCUACAUCUUCAGCUCAAGCAGAAAGAAGAAAUGGGCGAAGUUCUUCAUGCGAUCGAUUUCGACCAGCUUCAAAUCGAAAACAAACAGUAUCUGACAAAGAUCGAGGAACGAAAUGCCGAGCUCCUCAAGUUGAAGAUGACGGCUGGAAAUACAGUGCAAAUUCUGAACUUUUACAAGAAAAAGCUACAGAACAUCACUACCGAGUCUGAGACGCUUCGAACGGAAAUCAGCCAGCGUAGGGACCUGCUGGACAAGCUGCGGUCUGAAGCCAAGCUCGUCAACUUUGAAAAGCGGAAGGCCACGCGAAUUAACGACACACUAAAGAAACAAAUCGAAGAGUUUCGCGUUCCGCAUGUCAUGGAGUACGUCCACAAGCAGGCUGAGCGGUACGAACUACAGAAGAAGCUCAAGAGCUGGGAGCGCAAGGUCGAAAUCGGCACGAUGCAAGCAGCUAGAGUCAAGAAGAUGUGGCAACACAUGUGUCUCAGCAAGUCACAAAAACAAGCCAACCCGCUUCCGCGCAUCACACAACAGGCCGAGAAAUCACAGUUGUUCAUUUAGUGCUUGCUCAUAUAAUUGGACAUGUCGAUUUUGCUUUGUCUGGAUCUAGUUCACAUCAUCAAUCGCACGACAACAAUCUACCACGCC